AUGGCCGAACCGGGGAUUUCAGAAAAGGCCACUUGGGUCGAGACUAGUAACUCGCAGUCUGAAGGGAAACGCAGUCGCGCAACAAGCAAAGUAUCAAUCGCAGAGGAUGACAGCAGCAGCCAUAGUAGCGAUUCUAGCUCGAACGGUCGCGUAUCAGAAGACAGUAUCGGCUUGGCGCCCUUGGACCAUAGCAUUUCACCAGCCCUGCAGGAAGUCAUACAGAUCCAGACCGCGACGAGUGUGGGCAGUUCGAUAGCGCGACCAGCCGAAUUCGAAGUCGACUUUGAAGAUGGCGAAAACCCUAGAGAAUGGUCAUUCUGGUAUCGAGCCUGGAUGACGUUUGCGAUCAGUUACUCUACCUGGAUAGUUGUGCUGUAUAGUACAGCAUACACAUCUUCUAUACCAGGUUUAAUGGAGGAGUUCGGUGUGUCGGAUCAGACUAUUGCGACAUUGGGUGUGACGACAUAUCUUAUAGGCUUGGGCAUUGGCUCACUUGUCUGGGCGCCUGUUAGUGAAUUGUACGGGCGCAAGCCUGUGUAUAUCGUUUGCAUGGCCAUAUUCACACUUCUGGUCCUGCCAACGUGUCUUGCGACCUCGCUCACCGAAAUCAUCGUGGUGCGCUUCUUCGGUGCUUUCUUCGGCGCCGCCCUUAUUGCAAACAGUGCCGGGACUGUUGUCGACAUUUCAACGGAGGAAACCCGGGCGUUGGUCCUAUCGCUGUGGUCUAUCGCACCUCUGAAUGGCCCGGUUACUGGACCUGUCAUUGGCGGUUUCGUUUACCAGUAUCUCGGCUGGCAAUGGAAUAACUGGCUCAUUCUUAUUCUCGCCGGCGCUGCUUCGCUCUCUAUGUUGGGUACGGCAGAGACAUACGCCCCUGCUAUCCUCAAGGCCAAGGCAGCCCGCAAGCGCAAGGAGACGAAUGACGACCGGUGGUGGACUCGUUAUGACCUGAAUCUUUCGCCAUACGACCUUGUCAAAUUGAACCUAACGCGACCAUUCAUUCUUUUCUUCACCGAGCCCAUCUUGUGGUUCUUCAACCUGUGGAUCUCGAUCGUGUACGGAAUUUUGUAUUUGUGCUUCGUAGCAUAUCCACUUGUUUUCAGUCAACAUCGCGGCUGGUCACCCGGCCUGACAGGUCUAUCCUUCGUGGGCAUUGGUCUUGGCACGACGAUCGGUAUUGUCGGUGAGCCUAUCUGGCGUCGGGUUAUCAACAGCCACCCCGUGGACCCAGAAACAGGCCGCAGACCCCCUGAAGCUACUGCGCGCAUUCUCGCCAUUGGCUCCAUCCUGACUCCCAUCGGCCAGCUGGUCUUUGCCUGGACAUCAUUGCCCCCGACACACUGGGCUGUUUCUAUAGCAUUCGGAAUUCCUUUUGGGCUUGGAAAUUCUUUCUCUUUUAUUUACGGAUCUAACUAUCUCGCUGGUGCCUAUGGAAUAUACGCUGCUUCGGCUCUCGCUGGCAAUGCUGUUACUCGCAGCCUGUUGGGUGGUCUACUACCCCUCGCCGGUCCCAAACUCUACGCGACACUCACACCACAGUGGGCCGGCACUUUCCUCGGUUUACUCGAAGUUGCUUUAAUUCCUAUCCCAUUCGUCUUCUGGCGCUACGGUGACAAGAUCCGUGCUAAGAGCCCUGCGAUCAAAGAGCUCCGUGAGGAUCAAGAGCGAAUUGAGCGCAGAGCGGCGAAGGCUCAAAGACGAAAGGAUAGGGCACAGCAGAAAAGCGCAGUCGGUGUCACCUCAGACCCCAUCAAAAAGGAGGAAAGCGUUUAG